AUGGAUACAGAAAUGCAAGAAAAGGAAAAUAUACCAUUUCACAUCGCAAGAAGACCAGCUAAAGGUCGUAUUAUGAGGCUGAAUGGCGGUGAUAAGCAUUGGCAGGCGAUAGAUUUUGGGCCUGGGCAAGAUGUUGAUGAUGAAGUAUUUUCGCUGUGCAAUAAGUUCUCUGCAACAUCAAUAAGGGGCGACCAAGGAAAACAAUCCUACACAUUUGAAAGUAUCAACCCAUAUAAUGUCCACGAAGAUGCAAACCACGACACAGACAUCGGCGCGCCUAAAGUGACUUAUACCCCACGCCAAUCUCCUACAGGUAGAGUAACCCCAAGAAAGCCCCUCCGUCCAUUAAAAAGUGCAACAAAAUCUGAUCCGUCAAUAAAGGGUGUCAUAUUCACCGUAAGGUCGGGAAUAAAGAGGUCAGUAAGUCUGGAGGAAUUCACACCCGAUGUUUUCAUUGAUUCCGUCUUCUCUAUAUCGUCAUCAUCCUCCAGCAAGCGCCCUAAAUCACAGCCAUGCUCUGACACCAAGCUUCCAACACGACGUACGGGAAGGCGAAGAAACUGCAAAACGCCCGUGCGUUUGUUCAGCUCAAGAAGCAGCUCGUGGUCCAACAAUCCAGAUCCAUUUUGUAGCGAAGAUAGUGGCGAUUCACCUUCGUUCAGCUCGUCUCCCAGUUGCGAAGAAGACUUAGGAGUCGUGCCGAUUAAUGUCGAAAAAGAAUGUGCCUCUUGCGGAACAAGCAAGACACCGCUUUGGAGAGAUGCUGAAGAUGGCACCCAUCUUUGCAAUGCUUGUGGUAUACGUUGGAAAAAAUACCGCGUUCGAUGUAUCAGAUGCUGGUACAUACCAAAAAAAGAGGAAAAGCUUAUGAAAGUUUGUCCUAGUUGCACCUCGAGUGGAUCUGUGAAAAUGGCUUUGCCAAGAACAACAAAAAAGUGUUAA